AAAGGGCUUCAAGACAAAAUCCACAAUCAUUUAUACUGAAUACUUUUUCCCUAUUCCAUAAAUCAUCUUAUAUCCCCUCAAAUUACUUUGCAAGGACCCUGUUGAGGGCCCUGACCCACAGUUUGAAAACCGAUGUUCUGUCUUACCAGGUAGUUAAUUACAUCCAUCUCUCGUGUUGUGAAAAAUAGUCUGUACCUAAUUGGCUAAACUGGAAACCAGAAGAGCUUGGGGUCCCGAGGACCAUGAUUAAGAACUUCUGACAUAAUAAAUAAACAACAGGCUAUGGCAUCUGUUGAGGAGAAGCCAAUCUGCCAUUUCCUUCCUCAAUGGCAUCAUUAAUAACUGCCAAACUCUGGAUCCUAAUUGCAUGCUCAGGCCAGUGGUCCAAUGGGAGCUGUCGACAUCGAGGCAGGCUGUUGAGUAAACACAUGCGAGCUUUACAAGAAUUACUGCCUGGAAUUUUACAAGGCUCUGGAUAUCCUGCCUGGAUGUGCAUAUUAUGCCCAUGUCUCACAGAGAUUUUUCCCAUGAAGUGAAACCACCUCCGUUGAGCUCAAUUGAAUAAACUCUCCUUUAACUUUGUCAACAUUCCCUCUCACUGUCUUUAAAACAUCUUGUAAGGCAUCUCUUUUAGUAUUUUUCAUUGAGUCACAGUGUCAUUAGAUUUUAAUAGGUUAUAUACUUAAACCCACUAAAUCCCCUUGCCCAGGUGCUGUUGCUAAGAAACAAGCUACACCGCAAUCCUGUUUGGCUUAAUAAAGUCAAGAGUUUUUGGUCAGUUUUGUGGAUACUUCAUUUAAUAAUCUUUCAGAAACUUUACUGUUAGAGAAGUUGCGUAGAACAUUUAUGAAAAGCUUACAAAGCCAUUUAAUUGUAAUAAUAUAGUGAUGUGUUGUAACGUCUGAGUGAUGUGCUCUUGACUUUGGGUGUGUUCACAGUUACAUGUAUGUGUGUUUGUCAUUUUGAAACUGGGUAUACUUCGCCCCAUUGUACAAUCAUGCAGGAAGUCAAACUGACUUUCUUGUUUAAAGGGCCCAUUUUUAUCACAAGGGAAGUUGGAAACCAUUUCUUUCUACCUUUUGAAAGUAUUUUAUUACCAUCCACCAUAAAGUAAGUAAAACAUAAAACCGUGGAUCUUGCUGGGUUGAACUCAACUGUACAGUACAUUUACCACCGUCAGCACUUUCAUGGCUUUUGGGCUGGCACAUAUUUGAAGCUACACUUUUAUUCCACUCAUAAUAUUAACCUAUAAGCUUUUAGACUUGAUGCCAUAGCCCACUGGCUGCCCUACCAGCAUGAAUACCACGCUUUCAUUUUAACCUCUCAAGUGUGAUACUGCAAAUAUUUAUGUUUUUUCACUCCAUCUCCCUGGAAACACGUUUGAAGGUUUCCUAAUAGGAUUUUCGUGGAUUGAUUGAAUUACUCCACCAUGUAGCAGUGGAGUUUUUCCAUGGCAGGAGAGCCAAUAUGGAAGUGGGAAAGAUUUCCUCUUUCAAAGCAUUUCAGACCUGUUCACACUCCUCCCUUUGAGUGAUGACUACCAUUGCUCAACAGCAAGCCAUAGUUAGAGCUUGUGUGUUUUUUUAUGAUCUAUUUGAACUUUUUCGAUACAUGUCUGGGUCAUUGAUUUAGUCUGAUUCCGAGUACAACAGAGAAGGGAACGACCAAACGGCAAGGUAGCCACAUUUUUGGUAGGUAAUGAGUGUGACUGUAACUUCCCUGAACUACUUAAACGGCAACCCCUAUUAGCUUCAUUAACAUCAAUGGGAAGCAUAGUAAUACAAAGUAGCACAUGAGUAUCGUAAAUGCCUGAGGGAGGACCGCAGCGGAACAUACCAACUCGGAGGGGGGGGGGUGAGCCGCGUUUGUUGUAAAUGCAACUUUAAGCCGCGUGUCGUCAAGCACUAAAUACGUUUGUUGUUUUUAAUACGUAAUUAACUUUUAACGUUUUAUACGUACCGUAAGCUGGUACUGCAGUCGGUAAACAAGCAGGCUAGUCGACCCAUCUUCUUCUGGUCUCCCCCACGGUUCGACAUGGUUUGCCCGGACGCGGAUAUUGUUACAAUCAGCGCUGCAGGCUGAGAGCAACAGUGAGCUCUCAGCUGCUCGCAGUCUGCUCAGUCCUGCGCUGGCAACGCUAAACUGGCGGCUGCAACUGCGAGAAACUUUUACUCCUUUUUUUUCCUCCUUCUUUCUGCUUGUUGUUGAAGAUGACCUAACUUCGAAAGAGCCUCUGCUGGCCAGGGAUCGGCUCAAGUGUGUCUACCUCCUCCUCAACCACAACCAUCAUCAGCACUUGAAGACUGCACUGCUGAUGGGAGGUCACCAACCGGUCAUCUGUUCAGCCCAAAUGCACUAUCUGCCCUCCUGCCCUGUCUAAGAUGGCUGCCUCUGGCCUUCUUCUGCAUCCCAACAGACUGGAGCAGAGCUGCGUGUUACCAUGGUGAUCAUUUUCUUGAAAACACUGGAAAAGAAGAAGGGUGUCAAUGAUGUAAGGUCCAAGAACACCGAGAGACGCCUGCGUGACCUCCACACCAUGAGCAGAGGGACCACCCUCUUCUCCUGUGGAACUGUGGAGGCGGAUAGGUGGCUGGACUUGGGGCAAAGCUGUGCCAUCCAGCAGAGAACACCCUGCCAGUCUGGGGCCAGUCUGGAGAGUUUGUGGGAUGUGAUGCCUGACCCAGGGAACUGGCACUGGGCCAAGGAGCCAGGCAAUGCCACAGCAAUCACCAGUCUGAUAAGAGAUCUCAGCCUCGGCGACGGCAGCAUAGCCACCCCUCACUCUCACACCACGUCCACCACUGCACACUACACCACUACAGCUACCAGCCAAGCCCCUACGGCACCCCCGAGCAAACGCCAGUGUCGCUCCCUGUCAUUCUCCGACGAAUUCAGUGGGUUCCGCUCAUCUUGGAGGCCCCAAGGUUCCCGGGUGUGGACACCAGUGGAGAAACGAAGGUGCCACAGUGGAGGAAGUGUCCGAGGAGGAGGGGGUUUCUCCGGCAGCCAUUUUCCUGCCGUGCAGCGUAGCUCCAGCUUUAGUUUGCCCUCGCGCUCCAGCAUCCCUUCAGAUGGAGCCCUGGACCUGCCAUUCUUCAACCAGCGACUGCCUCUCCUCCCUCAAUUCACAGCCUCUCCAGUCUCCCCUACAUCUCCUUCCUUGCAUCAUCACCACUCCUGCCAUCACCACUUCCUCAGGCCUCUCUCGCUCUCCCACGAGCAGAUCAGCCUGCCAGAACUCCAGAGGGAAGAGGCGUCGGAGGCCAGCUCUCCAGACUCCACCCCAGAAUUAGGGAGGCGAGCCAGCCAGAGAGCCGGGGGCACGGGGUGUCUGUCACGGAGCAGGUCCCAGCCUUGCGUGCUAAACGACAAAAAGAUUGGUAUGAAGCGUAGGAGACCAGAAGAUGCCCAGGAGCAGCGGCCCUCCUUGGACCUGGCAAAGAUGACUCAGAAACUUCAGACUUUUCAGAGCUUGAGCUGCCCUGGAUUCUCUUCUACCAACGGCUGCCAAUCAAGCCUGCCCCCUCCCACCUCUGAGACUUUCAUCCAACCAGAUUCGGACUUCACUGCCAUGCCCGAGAUGGGACUGGAGUCACGGAAGGAAGUGGCAAAAGAUGAGGAGGAAGAGGAUUCAUCCUACGAGGAGCUGGAUAGCGACUCUGCUUGUAGCGUGGACUCGCGGCCCGGGUCUCCUGUAGGCAUCGUGGGUGGUAAACACACCCUCUGGAAGGGUGAUUGCGGGACACAGAGGGACAUUUUCCAGCUCGGGGGAGAGCUGGAUCUUGACCAGAUUGAGAGAAACUGAACAUUUUAUAGGAGAUAAUAAAAAGACCGUGUCUGGACUGAUGUAGGAAGUUAUUGGACAUUGAUGAUGUACCAAGAGAGGACUAUUAAGAAGGGCUGUGAGAAAGAGUGAAGGAUGUUUUUGUCAAUUUCUAAAGGGAAAGAUGAGGAAGAUGUUAUAGAUGAUAAAGGGUUAAGUAUGUUGUUAACGGCUGGCUUCUUAAUGACACAUUUGGCUUGAACAUUCUUACUGUUUGAAUCAAAAAGCAGUGACCUUAGUUGUUUUAUUGGGUAUUCAGCUUAACUCAGGAGUAGGAAAGUGAGGGUUAGUCUUAAAAGCCCCCACUGUCUUUUCAACCUGAUGACCUUUCCAAAGUCAGCUAACCAUAGAUUUGUAGCUCUGUAGCAGUACCUGGGCUUUCCUGUAUUAAGCCCGAGUUUUUUUUUUGUUGUUGUUUUUUUUCUCAGAGAAAGUGGGGGUGUCAAUGAUGGGGUGAAACAGGGAGGGGUAAACAACAGGAAGAAGUAUCUUCUCGCAGACUUACCCAUGACCUUUCUCCUCAAUCUUUAGUGCACACAUUAAAUCUGAUUUUUGUUUUUGUGCUGAAUGUAGGCUCAAUAAGCUUUAUGAGGAGUUCGGAAAACGACAGUGCCUUCUUUUGGAUGCUUGUUCCCGCUGUUCUCUUCAAGAAACUAGCCUCAAUCGAAGCCAACUUUCCGGACCUUUUUGUAGUUUCUUAAUAUGCAAAUUGUAUAUUUGAAUUCAACACUGAAUCUCAAGCUUUCAGUUCUAAUAUCAAUGUAUAUUUUUCUAAGUGACUGUUUUUUAUGAGCUGUUUGCGAAAAGAGAAAGAAGGUCUUUCUUCUAACAGAAUGGACAUGAAAUAAAUUUACAACCUGCACUCA